CCUCCACAAAACAGGGUCAUAUCUCCCUAUAUUUGAUCACCCUUGGGUUUGCGAAUAUCUUGAAUCCGAACUUUGGCCUUUGGUAUUGUGACAUGGGUUAUGAAACCAAGUUAUGGUUAGUGGUGGUUUUUUUGUUAAGUGCAACAUACAUGCAAUGUUUUUGUGUUGUUGGGGUGCCCGAAGUACCUUGUCUUUUCAUUUUCGGAGACUCUUUGUCUGAUCCUGGAAACAACAACAAACUAGCUACAGAGUCCAAAGUUAAUUUUUUGCCUUAUGGGAUAGAUUUUCCAGAUGGCCCCACCGGAAGAUUUAACAACGGUCGUACUUCAGUCGACAUACUCACCCAGACAUUGGGAUUUGAGAAAUUCAUCCCACCCUUUGCAAAUACAAGUGGUUCAGACAUAUUACAAGGCGUGAAUUAUGCCUCCGGUUCUGCGGGUAUUCUUAAGGACAGCGGGCAACAUAUGGGUGUGCACGUGAGCUUCGGAUCGCAGAUACAUAAUCAUAAAGCCAUACUUUCAGAAAUCACUAAGAAACUUGGAGGUCCUGACCAAGCCCAGCAACACCUAAACAAGUGUUUAUAUUAUGUGAACAUAGGCAACAACGAUUACUUGAACAACUACUUCAUGCCGGAGCAUUACCCAUCAAGCUCAAAAUAUUCUCCUGACAAGUAUGCUAGUGUCCUUAUCCAAGAAUAUGCAACGCAUUUAAAGGAAUUGCAUGCAGUUGGAGCAAGGAAGUUUUCUUUGUUUGGUUUAGGCACAAUAGGAUGCGUUCCACAAGAAAUUUUGACUCAUGGGAAAGAAGGGUCACCAUUAUGCAUUGAAGAGGAAACUAGCGCAGCAUUUAUUUUUAAUCAGAAGCUUAUUGACCUAGUUGAUCGUUUCAAUGACGAAUUACCUGAUUCCAAAUUCAUCAGCGUUAACGCUAAGGUCACAAUCACAAAGGAUCUCAAGUCCCUUCCGUCACCAGGGGUAUUUGAUAGUGUAUGCUGCAAAGUGGGGCCACUAGGGCUGUGUGACCCUAAAAAGGAGGCAGAGACAUGCAGGAACAGAAAAGAGUACCUAUUUUUUGAUGCAAUUCAUCCAACUGAGAUGGUCAACGAAGUCGGUGCAAAAAAUGCUUAUAAUUCUCCCUAUCCAAACUACGCGCACCCAAUGGAUAUCAGUCAUCUUGUUAAGUUAUAAACAAGACUUCCACACCUAUUCAUUUACAGCUGAAUUAAACACGUUUCAAAUAUUUGCUCAAACUUGUAAUCAAUAAAUUUUGACAUGUAGAGUGUAGACACAUUUUGUGUCAUCAUCAUUUUUUUUUCAUCUAAAUCAAUUUCGUCAAUUUUACUUUUUUUUUU